GCCAUCAUGCCCGACCCAACCUCGCAAGCUAACUAUUUGGAGAUCGCCACCGGACACGUCCACUUUGACUGGACAGUGGACUGGGAAAAGCUGAUCAUCUCGGGGGCCGCUACGCACACGCUGACGGCCAAGCAAGAGGGCGUCGACAAAGUCAUACUCGACACUGCAGAUCUCGAUAUAUCGAAGGCUGAAGUGGAUGGACGCGAGGUGUCGUACGCGUUGGGGGAGAAACAUGCCGUGAUGGGAUCGUCCCUCACCAUUCCCUUGUCCGCCGCGGUUCAGGUUGGGUCCCAGGUCACGGUCAAGAUAUACUACGAGACCACCGAGAAGUGCACCGCGCUCCAGUGGCUUUCGAAAGAGCAGACGCAAGGAGGCAAUUUUCAGUAUCUCUUCAGUCAGUGUCAGCCCAUCUACGCGCGCGCGCUGGCCCCGUUGCAAGACACGCCCUCCGUCAAAAUCACGUACAGCGCCAGCGUAGCGUCGACUCUUCCGGUCCUCCUGUCCGCCGUCCGCGUUUCACCACCGUCGGAAGGCCCAGCCCACGACGGCAAGGUCAUCGGCCAGGAAUCGGUCACAUAUACGUACAAACAGCCCGUCCCGAUCCCAUCGUAUUUGAUCGCCAUCGCCAGCGGGAACCUGCGUUACAAGGCAUUCGCACCCGUCGAGGGCAGGCCGUGGAAGAGCGGGGUCUGGGCGGAGCCGGAGCUCAUGGAGGCCUCGUUCUGGGAGUUCAGCGAGGACACCGGGAGAUUCUUGGCCAAAGAGGAGGAUAUCGUCGGCCCGUACAGGUUUGGAGUGUAUGACCUCUUGGUUUUGCCUCCUUCGUUCCCUUACGGUGGGAUGGAAAACGCUUGUCUCUCGUUCUUGACCCCAACUCUUUUGGCCGGCGAUCGCUCCCUCGUCGAUGUGGUCGUACACGAGCUGACCCAUUCCUGGUUCGGCAACGGCGUGACGCACGCCGAGGCGACCCAUUUCUGGCUGAACGAGGGCUGGACGACGUACAUCGAGCGCCUCCUGCAAAGCUUCCUCCACUCGCCCGCCGAGCGCGGAUUCUCGUACCUCAUCGGGUCCACGGCGCUGUACGAGGCGCUCAACCUGUACAAGGACAAGCCCAAGUACCAGCGCCUCGUCAUCGAGUUCGAGCCCGGGGAGGACCCCGACGACGCGUACAGCAGCGUCGCGUACGAGAAGGGCGGGAACUUUUUGCUCUACCUCGAGCGCACGUUGGGCGGGCUGGACGUGUUCCUGCCGUACGUGCGCGACUACGUGGACACGUUCAUGGGCAAGUCGAUCACGACGGACCAGUGGAAGUCCCACCUCUUCGCCUACUUCAAGGCGCACGGCGGCGAGGCCAAGAUCCGCGCGCUCGAGAGCGUGGACUGGGACGCGUGGCUGUACGGCGAGGGCACCCGGCUGCCCGUCGAGAUCGAGUACGACAUCAGCCUCGCGGAGCCGGCGUACCGUCUAGCGGCGCGCUGGGACGCGGCGCGCGACACCCCAGACGCGUCCCAGCUCGACUUUGACGCGUCCGACGUCGCCUCGUUCAACUCGAACCAAAAAAUCGUGUUCCUCGAGCGCCUAUACACCUACGCGCCCCUCCCCUCCACGCACAUCGCCCACCUCGGCGCGCUCUACGCCCUCUCGACGUCCCCAAACGCCGAGAUCCGCCUGCGCUUCUACACCGCCGCCCUCCGCGCCCCGCGCUCCGCCGCCGCCCGCGCGUUCGCGGAGCCCGCCGCGCGCUGGGUCGUCGGCGCGGACGGGACCGGCGUGCUCAAGGGCCGCAUGAAGUUCUGCAGGCCCGUGCUGCGCGCCGUCGCCGCCGUCGAUCCUGCGCUCGCGCGCCGCUUCUUCGAGGGCGCGCGGGGCGCGUUCCACCCCAUCGCGAGGAAGCUGAUAGAGAAGGAUCUCGCGUCGGCGUGA